AUGGAUACGAAUCUCGUGGAGAUGCUUAAAGCUGCUUUAAAUUGGGUUAAUGUGAUUCUGAAAGUUCCUUCAGCUAGAGUUGUUUUGUUCGGUGUUCCAAUCCAAGGGCAUGUCUUUGUAGAAGUGGUGUUGGGUUUUGUUAUCUUCUUCUUACUCUCGCAGAAGAGCUACAAACCCCCCAAGCGACCAUUAACCGAGCAGGAAAUAGAUGAGUUAUGUGAUGAAUGGGUUCCUGAACCACUUAUACCGCCAAUUACAGAAGACAUGAAGCAUGAGCCACCAGUUCUUGAAAGUGCUGCUGGACCGCAUACAACCGUUAAUGGUAAAGACGUGGUGAAUUUUGCGUCCGCUAAUUAUCUUGGACUCAUUGGACACGAGAAGUUGCUGGAAUCAUGUACUUCUGCGUUGGAAAAAUAUGGCGUCGGUUCUUGUGGCCCUCGUGGAUUCUAUGGCACAAUUGAUGUCCACCUUGACUGCGAAACCAGAAUAUCAAAAUUUUUGGGUACUCCUGAUUCAAUCCUCUAUUCUUAUGGUCUUUCCACGAUGUUCAGCACAAUUCCUUGUUUCUGUAAAAAGGGCGAUAUUAUUGUUGCCGACGAGGGUGUUCACUGGGGAAUACAAAAUGGACUUCAGCUUUCCAGAAGUACAAUCGUGUACUUUAAGCACAAUGACAUGGACUCUCUUCGUAGUACCCUCGAGAAAAUCAUGACAAAGAACAAGCGCUCAAAGAACUUGAGGCGUUACAUUGUAGCUGAAGCUGUAUAUCAGAACUCUGGUCAAAUCGCCCCUCUCGAUGAGAUAGUGAAACUAAAAGAGAAGUAUCGAUUUCGUGUUAUAUUGGAUGAAAGCAACUCUUUUGGUGUGCUUGGCCGUUCUGGGAGAGGUCUUGCUGAGCAUCACGGUGUCCCUAUUGAGAAGAUAGAUGUUGUGACUGCGGCAAUGGGCCACGCAUUAGCCACAGAGGGUGGAUUUUGCACUGGGAAUACCCGCAUCAUCGAUUACCAGAGACUUAGCAGCUCAGGAUAUGUGUUCUCUGCUUCUUUGCCACCGUAUCUUGCAAGCGCUGCUAUCACCGCCAUUGAUGUCAUUGAUCAAAACCCUGAUAUGUUAAUUAAGCUGAAGCAAAACAUUGCUCUGUUAUGGAAAGGAUUGUCGGAGAUCAAGGGGAUGUCGCUAGCAAGCAACCCGGAAUCACCUAUCGUUUUCUUGAAGCUAGAUAAAUCGAGCGGUUCAACUAAAGACGAUUUGCUUCUACUCGAGGAAAUGGCUGACCGCGCUCUAAAGGAAGACUCUUUGUUGGUUGUGAGUUCUAAAAGAUCGUUUCUUGAUAAAUGCCGGUUACCUGUGGGGAUCAAACUGUUCGUUUCAUCGGGACAUUCAGAUUCUGAUCUUCGUAAAGCAUCCGAGUCUCUAAAGAGACUCGCUUCAGAGCUUCUAGUCAAGUCUUGA